CCCACGCCUACCUAGCUCUACAAAAGCUAGUUCUAGCUCGGCAGACCUCUACACGAAAACAACCCACAUCAGGCUUAAGCAGUGAGUGAGUGCAGCCACCUGCUAUCAGCUAUAUCCUGCAUCGAUCUGGUCAUGGCAGUAGUAAUGCUUCCGAGGCUUGUUGCCGUGGCAGCGCUGGUCGUGCUGAUGUAUGCCGUCGCUGUUGGCCAGGUACCUGCCGCCGGCGGUGCGCCGGUGUGCGAUGGUAUUGAUCAGAACGUCGUGAAUGCAUGUUUCAAGAGCUUCGGAGAAGGUAUGAAAAUUGCUAUUGCCGACAGAAAUAUUUCGGCGGGUAAUGUCAUUAAGGUUCAAGUGGACUGCUGCAUAGCCUUUGGAGGCCACUCGUGCCUCUGCAAGAUGAAGAAGGUGUGGAAGGCUCAGGGCAAAAGUGCCCAGGACAAUGUACAAUGCGUCAGGGAAAAGGCCUGCUAGUGAGCGCGCGGAAGGUCUUUUCGUGCAUGCAAGACCUCUAGCUUCGUUGGAUAUGUGUGUUUCUCGCGUGUUGGUUUCAAGAAGUCGAUAUCCACUGCUCCAUGCUUGCUUUUAUUUGCUUGUGUGGGUCAUCUGAGUGUGUUCUGUUUUCUACGUAUGAGAGCAUUGAUCGGUCGGUCGUGUCUUUUUAGUUUGUACCAAUCAGAAAUAAAUGUGUGUGGUGUUUCUUGUUUCA